AUGGAGCUGUCCCAUACUCAACGCAUGGAUACCCUACAAAAACAGUUGCAGGAAGUUCUCACUGUUCUCCAUUCUUCACCGUCUUUCAUAGAUCCAAAUGCUGGAGUCUUAGGCUCUGGUCCUUCCCACUCAUCCUCCAGCCACACAAAUGAGCCUCACCGUCAACGCCAAAUGAAAUUAGACUUCAUCAGAUUUGCUUGCGGUGAACCUACUGAUUGGUUAUUUGCUAUAGAACGUUAUUUUUGUUUCUAUAAUAUUCCUAACCAUGAACAUCUUCUGCUGGUUUCUUUCAACAUGGAUCCACCCGCCUCAUCAUGGUUUCAUUCCUUAGAUCAGGAUGGUUUGAUUCCAGAUUGGACCUCCUUCAUCAUUGCCUUACAUAGGCGUUUUGGCCCGACGAAAUUUGAAGAUCCAGCCGUGGCAAUCGCUAAACUUCAGCAAACCGACACUGUUACUGAAUACUAUGUCGCGUUCGAACAGCUGUCCAGAAAAAUUCCUGGAUUAUCCGUCACUGUUAAGAAGGGACUCUUCUUAGCAGGAUUAAAAUCAAUAAUUCGUUGUUCGGUUUUGGUCCACCGACCCCAAGACGUUCACGAUGCCCUUGCUUAUGCCAAAGUUUAUGAGGAGAAGCUCACUGGGCAUCGCUGUAAAGGGCGAGCCUCCCUUUUAUAUCUGGAUGGUUCUGAGGACGACGAUGGUACUAUUCCACCGGAUGGGGAUCCUCCUCCAUAG